UCGAUGGACAGUCUUCUUUGAACCAGCUCUUCGAGAAGAAGAUGACUCGACCUGCAGUGUGGUUUUUGACUGCAUGCUGCAUUAUGAUUCUUGUCCAGAGUUCCCUACAAGCUUCGACCUUCAGGUUUUGCGGGAAAACAUUGGCUAGAACUUUGAAGUUAAUAUGUAAUAGGUUUGAACCUAUUGGAUCAGAGGAAACAUAUAACAUUGAGAGGCAAAAACGCAGCAUUAGCGAAGAAUGCUGCAUGAAGUAUUGUACAUUAGCCGACAUUAAAGCCUACUGUGUGCUUAGCUAAGCACAGACACAAGUCAAGUACAGUUGCAGUUAGGAAGUGAAGAUAUUGGAUUGGAGAACAGACGACAUAUUUCGAUGAUUCAUGUCGACCACUUGAUGUGGAUACCAGAUUUAAAAAUAUAAAAAUCUCUAGAAAUAAAAUCAAGGGAAACCUAAUCAACAUCUUGUGAGAAUAUUUACUGUAGAAAUAAAAAAUAUGUUGGUUCAUA